AUGGUACCCCCACCCCCCACCAACAAGCCCCACGUGUGCCUGUCCACAAUUCUUAUUAUGAGCAGCAUGGCACUGAUUGAUGCCUACCUAGUGGAGCAGAACCACGGACCCCGUAAGAUUGGCAUCUGCAUCAUGGUGAUGGUGGGAGACAUCUGCUUCCUAAUCGUGCUGCGGUACGUGGCAGUGUGGGUGGGUGCCGAGGUGCGCACGGCUAAGCGAGGCUACGCCAUGAUCCUCUGGUUCCUUUACAUCUUUGUGCUGGAGAUCAAGGUCUACUUUGUGUAUCAAAAUUACAAAGCGGACAGAAAGAGCUUGGACGCCCUUGCAAGGAAAGCGUUGACCUUACUGCUGUCCAUUUGCAUUCCGGUCCUGUUUAUCGUGCUGGUCGCCAUCGACCACAUGGAGUAUGUCCGCGCCUUCAAGAAGCGCGAGGAGAUACGAAACCGCCUCUUUUGGGUGGUAGUGGAUCUGCUUGACAUCCUGGACAUCCAGGCCAAUCUGUGGGAGCCUCAGAAAAAAGGCUUGCCGCUCUGGGCAGAGGGCCUGAUGUUCUUCUACUGCUACAUCCUCCUGCUCGUGCUGCCCUGUGUGUCUUUGAGCGAGAUCAGCAUGCAGGGCAUCAACAUUGUCCCCCACAAGAUGCUUCUGUACCCGAUCCUCAGCCUGGUGACCAUCAACAUUAUCACACUCUUCAUCCGUGGAGGGAACAUGAUUUUGUACAAGGACGCCAGGGUGUCUGGGAUCCUAAUAGGAAAGAACAUACUGGCCAUCAUCUUAAAGACCUGCAGCUUUGUGCAGUACAGGAGACAGUUGCAGAAUGCUCCCCCUGCCUUUGGAGUGGAGCUCCAGAAAAACUCGGUGGCACAUGCUCGCCCUGCCCCCACCCCUCCUCAAGUGGUCAUGCAGGACCAGACGCCUCUCCCCGAAGUGACAACAUGCGAACACACAUGA